AUGGAUCCCUCAGCCAGCAACUCCGAGCAUGCCGAGAAGCCCUACGACGAAGACGCCGACGAAGCCACCCGUAUCGCCUCCCUCGCAGCCGGCAUCCGCGACCAAGACGAUCUAGAACGAGACAUUGGCCGUCAAGCCGACGCCCUCCUCGUCGAGCAAGCAGACGAGCGCGACAACAAACGUCUCGAACGCACUCUCGCCGACAAAGCCCGUCUCGAUGGCCAGAUUCACCGACUAGAGAAGAAGUUGACCGAGUUCGGCAAUCAAGCGACCAAGAACAAGUACCGUGCUGAGAUUGCGAAUUACAAGGUCCAGGUUGGAGGGUUGCAGACGGACCUUGAUCAGAUCCAGAAGAGAAUCGACGACCGCAAGAAUGAAGCUGCUACGGCUGGUGACACGCUGUUGGGAGAGGCUGGAAAUCAAAAGUUGCCUGGUGAGAGCCAGAGAGACUUUUUGAUCAGGACGGGAAAGAUUACGCCAUUCUCCAAGAUGGGCAGGCAGCUACUCAGGACAUCGUCAAGUCUUGCCGAAGUCAUGUUCCAUGCUGAAGAGGAAGAGGAUGAAGAUGUGGCAGAGCAAGAAGUUCAAGCAGAUGCCCAACGUUCACAUCGCAAUCUGAGGAUGCCUGGUUUCGCCGAGGAGGAACAGAGUGCGCCCGAAGAGGAUGACUUUCCAGAGGAGAGACCCAGCAAGAGACGAAGGGUACAAUCAAAAGGCAAGAGCACAGCAAAAGAGGACGAAGACGUGGAUUUGGAGUCUGCUCAAGAAGAGGAAGAGGAUGAAUACAUACCAGACCUGGACGACAAGGGGCUCGCUGCUGUGGGAGAGUCGAACGACGAGGAAGAGCCAGAAGAUGAGGAUGUGGAUGGUGAUUUCUCCUUGGGAACUUCUGGUACAAGGAAACGAAAGAGCGGCGCAAAGAAGAUCACCAAGAAAGAGCAGCAAGCAGCUCAGGCUCAGGAAGAUCUUGCCGGCAUCGAUGAUGGCAACGAGAAGGUAUAUCAAGAUCGACUACAAAGCUGGAUCAGAAGACGAAGCGCUGCACGCCGGAAACAUCAAGUAACAGCAAAGCCUGGACGAGAAGGGGCCGAAGUCGACUUGGAUCAGGAUGACGAUAAAGAAAAUCCGACCAGAGAUGGAGAAGAAGAAUGGCACCUACCACAUCCAACACAGACAGAUGCCGAGUUCGAAGGCGGCUACCGGAUACCGGGCGACAUCUACCCUUCACUCUUCGACUAUCAGAAAACUGGUGUGCAAUGGCUCUGGGAACUCUACUCGCAACAAGUUGGUGGCAUCAUCGGAGACGAGAUGGGUCUUGGCAAGACUAUCCAGAUCAUCUCCUUUAUUGCCGGUUUGCACUACUCGAAGAAGGUUACCAAGCCUAUUCUGAUCGUGUGCCCUGCAACUGUUAUGAAACAGUGGGUGAAUGAGUUCCAUCGUUGGUGGCCACCGUUACGAGUGUCUAUUCUGCACACUUCCGGAAGCGGUAUGCUGGACGUGAGACGCGAAGACAGGCUCGAGGAUGAUCUGGACAACUUCGACUUUGAUGGCAACAUAGUCAAGCCUGCGAAGGGCAACAAGUCUGCCAAGCGGAUCGUGGACAGAGUACAACGCGAUGGCCAUGUUCUGGUCACGACAUACUCCGGUCUGCAGACCUAUGCGGAGCAGCUCAUCCCCAUGGAGUGGGAGUACUGUGUGCUGGAUGAAGGUCACAAGAUCAGAAAUCCAAACACAGCAAUCACAAUCUACAGCAAGGAGAUUCGCACACACAACCGCAUCAUUCUCUCCGGUACACCCAUGCAAAACAACCUGACCGAACUCUGGUCUCUUUUUGAUUUCGUCUUCCCAAUGAGACUCGGUACUCUUGUCAGCUUUAAACAACAAUUCGAAACUCCCAUCAAGCAAGGCGGUUAUGCGAAUGCAUCUAAUUUGCAAGUCGAAACUGCCAUGAAGUGCGCAGAAACUCUCAAAGACACAAUCAGUCCAUACCUUCUCCAACGAUUUAAGGUGGAUGUGGCAUCUGAUCUGCCCAAGAAGAGCGAGCGAGUCUUGUUCUGUAAGCUUACCAAGCCUCAACGUGACGCCUACGAGUUUUUCCUGCAAUCGGGUGACAUGACGGCCAUCUUGAAUGGUAAGCGACAAGCACUCUUCGGUAUCGACAUCCUUCGCAAAAUCUGCAAUCACCCUGAUUUGACCGAACACAAGACUUUAUCGCUGAAGGCAGACUACAAUUAUGGCAAUGCAAACAAGUCUGGAAAAAUGCAAGUCGUCAAGGCACUUCUCGAGAUUUGGAAGAAGAAUGGUCACAAGACAUUGCUGUUUGCUCAACACCGCAUCAUGCUUGAUAUUCUCGAAAGAUUCAUCAGAGAAAUGGGAGGCAUCAACUAUCUCCGCAUGGAUGGCAACACGUCCAUCAAAGACAGACAAACUCUCGUUGACAAGUUCAACAAGAAUUCGGACUUGCAUGUCUUUCUGCUUACUACGAAAGUCGGAGGCUUGGGUGUGAAUCUCACAGGCGCAGAUCGAGUCAUCAUCUAUGAUCCUGACUGGAACCCGUCCACUGAUAUUCAAGCUCGAGAGCGCGCCUGGCGAUUAGGUCAGAAACGUGAGGUUGAGAUAUAUCGCCUCAUGACUGCUGGAACCAUUGAAGAGAAAAUCUACCACAGGCAAAUCUUCAAGCAGUUCUUGACCAACAAAAUUUUGAGAGAUCCGAAACAGAGACAGACGUUUCAACUUAGGGAUUUACACGAUCUAUUCACGUUGGGAGAGGUCACUGCCGAUGGUCAGACGGAAACAGGCAGUAUCUUCAAAGGCACAGAAGUACAACUCUCAGGCCCAAAAGCCGGAGAAACAGAUACGCAGAAUGCAAAGCAGGAAGUCGAAGCGACCACAGCAGCCGAAAAAGCAGCAAAAGCAAAAGAAAUGUCCUCCAUCAUCGGCAUCUCCCACACCGAAGACUUUGCGACCGGCGAAGAAGAAACCAAACAAAACGACGACGACCCCGAAAACCCUUCCUCGGCAAAAGAUGAAAGAAUGCUCGGUGCUAUUUUCGCCCGGUCUGGUGUCACCUCUGCACUCUCCCACGACGACAUAAUCGGUGGCAACUCGUCCAAGAAAAUCACCGCGGAUCCAGAGAUUAUAGCAAAGGAAGCCAAAAGAGUUGCCGCCAUUGCUGCUGCCGAGCUCAGAAAAGCUGGGGAGAUUGCAAGACAAUUGCCAGCAGGGAGUGUGAGUUGGACAGGUACCUUCGGGACUGCUGGACGUCCUGAAGCUCCACCUCGCCGUGGUGGGUUUGCAACUUCAAGAGGUAGAGGAGGGAGUAGUCGAGGAGGGCCUAGCAGUACAUCUGUACUCUCCCAUCUCAGUGCACGUCAAGGCAUUACACCUUCUCGACUCAAUCCCUCCACCACACCCUCAUCCUCCACCUCCCGUGCCGCUACACCCUCAUCCUCUGCAGCGUUAGCAACACCUCAACCCAAGGGCAAAGAAUUCCUCACUUUGAUUAGAGAUUACCUUGUCGCUCAUGGAGGAAAAGUGUAUACUCAAAAUUUGAUUGAUCAUUUCAAUAGGUAUUGUGGGAGUGGACAGAGGACUGCAGAGUUCAAGGAGAUGUUGAAGGUUAUUGCGGUUUUGGAGAAAGGGUCGAGGGGUAGGGGGAAAUGGGUGCUUAGGGAGGAGUAUAGGAAAGGUGUUUGA